AUGGUAUCUCAUCUGCUGGCGAUCGCGGCGAUGCUCGCCACCGCUCGAGCCCAAUACAGCAGCACUGACGUGCCCUCCUCCACCACCAGUACUACCCGUACCUCCCAGGCAUCCACCACCACCACGACAUCUACAACAGCAACCCACACCGUCCAAGUCGGUUCGAAAGAAGAUCCCCAUCAGUAUUUGCCACAUAACAUCACCGCCGCGGUCGGCGAUGUCAUCGUGUUUGAGUUCUAUCCGCGGAACCACUCCGUCGUGAAAGCCGACUACCUGGCACCAUGUGUGCCCGCCAGUGGGACCAUCUUCUACUCGGGGAUUUUUAAUAGUUUUAACGAACAGGAUGGAGACCUCGUUGGGCCGCCACCAACAUGGUCCCUCGUCGUCAACGACACAAAGCCUACAUUCUUCUACUGCACAGCAAUCGACUCCUGCAUCGGAAAUGGCAUGGUCGGCGUCAUCAACCCGAAUGCGACCAUGACCUGGGAAGCCCAAUAUGAAAAGGCCAAAACGUACCCCUACAUGCUCGUCCCAGGCCAAUCCAUGCCCGCUGAAGGCACCAUUCCCCCUUCCUCCAGUGCGACCUCCACCUCCACCCCGUCCUCGUCUUCAUCCCACUCAGGCCUCAGCACCGGUGCCAUCGUCGGCAUCGUCAUCGGUAGCGUCGCCUUUGUCGGGCUCCUCGGGGCCCUGUUCUUCCUCCUCGGUCGGAACCGAGUCUAUAAGCAAUGGAUGUCGAGCCAGGACGGUCGACACGAGCGCACCGCCCGGUGGGCAGCCCUGCUGAGUCCGAGUUCAGGCAACACGAACACGGGGCCGAGGAAGAGUGAGAUGGAACAUAGCACGGGCAUGCCCCAGAGUGAGUUCCCAGGCUCAAUGGGAGGGAUGUCCCCGCCCCAGCAACAGACAGGCGGGGGACUCUGGGGAUGGGAUUCUACCCAGCCACAGCCACAGCCACAGCAUCAGGUAUACCAGGGCCCAGGUCACGGACAAGGACAGGUAUAUUAUGAGGCUAUGGCGCGCGGACCAUCUGAAUUGGAGGCACCGACUCGAUGA